AUGUCAGACGGGGCUGUGGAUACCAGCUCCGAAAUCACCACCAAGGACUUAAAGAAGAAGAAGGAAGUUGUGGAGGAGGCAGAGAAUGAAAGAGAUGCACCUGUUAAUGGCAUCGCUAAUGAGGAAAAUGGGGAGCAGGAGGCUGACAAUGAGGUAGAUGAAGAAGAAGGAGGAGGAGAGGAAGAGGAGGAAGAGGAAGGUAAUGGUGAGGAAGAGGAUGGAGAUGAACAUGAGGCUGAGGCAGCUACAGGCAAACGGGCAAGGGAAGAUGAUGAGAAUAAUGAUGUUGACACGAAGGAGCAGAAGACCGAUGAAGAUGACUAG